AUGCUAAUCUUUCAGUGCACAAUGCCUGAAUUGGACAUGAUUUUUGUGAACAAUAAUAUUCGUGUGGGACGCUUUAAAAAGGAUGGCGCAUGGCCGGUAUUCCUUAUCAAGAGAAUGCUGGAAAAAUACGACAACCAGAAUGAAGAUAUGUUGAAAAUGCGACGCGAAUUUUGCAAUAUUAACAACACGCUGCUGAUCGAUGAUGUGAAUUUGCGGAGUUUGGUGCAAUUGAUUGCGGAAAAGGGCAAUUGUGAGGCGCUUUAUAACGAAAUCAUCGAAAGACUAUCGAAUCACAACUCAUGGACAGCGCUUUUCUGGUCUCUUCCUUUCUCCAGAACCACUCAAUUUACUACCGAAAAACAUUUGGUAAUGCAUUAUCAGAAUAUUAUUAAAAAUUUUGGGUUUAUGGGAUAUCCAAUGCUGCAAAGUCGUGUGAUAUAUUAUGCGAACGCGAUGCCCAAUAAUACGAAGGCUCCAAAAACGAAUGUUCUCGAAGCGAUGUACAUGACCAACAACGUGCAUCGAUCGCAUUUAAUUCAAUCAUUACAUUCGACAUCCGUAACUAUCCGACUGGACCACGGAAUUGAGGUGUCGAGACUUCUUCGACAAAUUGACCUCGUUUUUCAAGAGGACAAAAAUUUGGAAUAUGGAUACGAUAUUGUGUGCGAAUUGAUCCAGAAACAGGAGGACUAUCAUUUCCUCUUCGAAUUUCUUGUCAAUGGGCUAUUAUUGAGAAACGAGCUUGACUCGCGUAUCAAAAGAAUCGCCGGCAAACCAAUGUUCCAAACGAGUAUCGUUGAAAACUAUAAUAUACGUCGUCUUAAAAAAGAAAAACUGUGCAUUCUUCAUGAAGAUCACAAGAAUGUCACAUCAAAGGGAUUGGAGUUGUGUGGAAAACGGUGGAUAAUUCGAUUCCGGUGGAUAAUUCGAUUCAGGAUUGGCCAAGAGGAAAAGUACAUGAAAAAAAUCAUGGUAGCCGCGUAUACUGAACGAAUGCUUAUAAAAGUGAGAGGAGAAUAUGAAAUAGCGCCGCAGUACAAAAAAGAGUUCAAAGAUUUUCUCGUCUAUUUCAUGACAUGCUAUAAAAAAAACGAAGGAUUUCGAAGAAUGCUGUCGGAAUACCCGUUCGAACGUUCGAUGCUCAUAGACAUUAUUGAGGAAAUUAUCGAAUCGCAUAAUGUCUCGUUCGAUGAAUCGCAAUUAUUGUUCUGCUACCAGAGUAUUCCGGAGAGAAAAAAUACAAGUCAAAAUGAUAAGCAUCCGAAUUCAGCGCCUUCUCCUCCAGUCGAAGUUGUCAAAAGCUUGAAAUCACAAAUGUUUGAAGAGUUUAAAGGCAUCGAAAAAGAGUUGGAAGAGAAAUUGAAGAGUCUCGAAACGAAUGUUGUCAAUUUGGCAUCGGCGAGUGUGUCAGAUCGCGAGAAUCAGCAUCGAGAAAUGUGCAAUACCAAUAGGGACAUCAAUGUUUUGAAAACGAACAACAAAGCUUUGCGCAAAAAAUUGAAAGGAAAACUGAGUUUGGCGAAUGAGGAUUUGAAGACGCGACAGAAAAAUUAUGAAGCAGCGAUGAGAAAAUAUGAAAGGCUGUUUGAAGUAAACGCGCAACUCAAAGAGAAGAGUGCGGUCGCGAAGGCAACGGAACUCACUUUAGGCGAUCGAAAAGAGCCGGCCGAAAAUAUCGAGAAUUGUGCUCAAACCACCGGAUUUACAGUAUUCAAUUUGAAACCCAAGAAUCAAGUACUUAGUACAUCCCAAAAAACAUCGACGAAUGAAUUGUCGUUGAUUGAAACUGCUGAGAGUCGUGCCAAGACGACGUCAUUAUCGAAAACGCAGAAGAAAAACGCAAAGUGUGCCGAAAAAAGAAGAGAAGCGAAAAAUAGAAAUGGUCGAAAUGAGGUAAAAACGGAAAUAGAAAUAGAGCCAACCGACGAAGAAAUUGAAAAAGUGAAUCAGUCCAUUGUGGAAUUGAAGCAACGAAUCAAAGAGCUUGAGAUGAAAGAGCAGGAGCUGAUUGCGAAAAAUUCAAAAGCUCAAAUGGAGAUGCAACUUAAAAUUGAUCAGGCCAAAUCGCAAGUUGACGCUUUAGAGCUCGAAAAGCAGAAUGUUAACAAAACAUUGAAAGAGCAAAUCAGAUUGGUUGACACUGAAGCGGAAUUGUGCAAAGAAUACACCGAAGAAGUCGAGGAAAAAAUAAGACAACUCGAAAAUGAAAACAAGGAGCUGCAACGGGAAUUGGAUGCUGCGAAUAGAAAAGUGGCCGAAUUGUGCAGAAAUAUUAUUGGCGACUCAACUAGCAGCUCUGAUGCUGAAACCGAAUAUGGCAAACCUCGUCGAAGCAUCGAAUCAACCAGUAAUAACAGAUUGCCCGCAAUAUCAGUUAAGAAAAGUGUUCCGAAUGUGAGGCCUCGACCAAUUCCGGAGGCAGCGUCAUCUUCUUCGUCGAUAUUGCCUCGUUCCUUGUCUUCGACGACAUCACGAAACGUUCGCGUCCAACCGAAUAAUCAUCCGACAACAUCGACAUUGAAACCAGUGAAAAAGGAUGAUCCGUGGAAUAAGAAGAAGGAGCCGCGAAAAGCCGAUAUUGAAAUCGAAGAUAAUUCGUGUCUGAUUUGCUUUGACGAUUUGAUUGGUAGUACUAUCAAAUGCGAUAAUUGCUGUCGUCGUUAUCAUGAUGUUUGCUUGAACAACUGGAUUUUGCUUAAAGCACUGUGUCCAGCGUGCUCCGCUUCCAUGCCAGGAGACGACAGUUUUCCGAAGCUCGGAGUCAUUCGUAAAUAA